UUUCUGUGCGUGAUACUCUGGCCCCGCCCACACUCUGCCUGCGUCACCAUCUGCCGCUGUCAAUCAAACACCGGCUCUUUUACCGUCGAUCAAUAAAUCAUAACUCGGCACGUAUACACGGAAUAAACGCUCAGGAUUCUUAAACCGACUUAUAUUCGAACCGUCUAUGCUUACUCGCGUUGAACUGAACCAACGUUAAAGUUUGUGUGUAACUUCAGCGAGUUAGCAGGUACGUUAACAAACAACAACAAACCGACAUAAAGUAAGUUACCUCAGAUUAGAAGUGUUUGACUGCAAAAACAUGUCGACAUACAGGUUAAAGCCACAGAUUAGCCGUGUUUGACCGCGAGCAGCGUGUAGAAUGUGAGCGCUCAGCAGGUGAAUGUGCUGAGGCGGCGUCGCGGUUGAUCUCGAGCCUGGAAGCCGCCGGAGGAGCCGCAGGACCGGGCUGCAGCUCUGCUGACUCUCGCGGAUCCGAGCUGUCUAAGGAUGUCUGCGUCGCUCAGGGUUUGGUAUCUUCUGGCCGUCUGGACGCUUCUCGCAGCGGCGUCUUCCUCUCAGAGGAAUGGUCUGAAUGCUGUGGAUUUCUCCGAGAGGUUUGGAAACGCUCUGCCGUCCCUCAGUCGCCCGGCCAACGCCAGCAGGAUCUUCUACAGCAUCAUGUUUGACGCGGGCAGCACCGGCACACGCAUCCACGUCUACACCUUCAUCCAGAAAGAGCCGGACGGACUGCCGGUGCUGGAUAAUGAGAUAUUCCACUCGAUGAAGCCUGGUCUCUCUGCGUUCGCAGACAUCCCGGAGAUUGCCGGUCAUACGGUGCGUCAGCUGCUGCGUGUGGCGAAGAAGACGGUUCCUCCGGUGGAGUGGAAGAGAACGCCGGUGCUGUUCAGAGCCACGGCUGGACUGAGGCUGCUGCCGCCGGCUAAAGCUCACGCGCUUCUGGAGGAGGUACAGCAUAAAACGGUUGAGAGCGCUCCAGCGGAUUACAUGGUGAGGUUCGACAUGUUCAGCAGCACUUAUGAGCUCUACACACACAGUUACCUUGGAAACGGAAUCAAAGCGGCACGUCUGUCGGCUCUGGGAGCGCUGGGUUCAGAGGGUCUGGAAAAGAAAGUUUUCCAAAGCUCCUGUUUGCCCAAAAAAUACACCGGUGAAUUCAGCUUCGGAGGAUUCAGUUAUCACGUCAGCGGAGUCACCGAUGGUAAAACACAAUUAAACCUGUUCAUACGACCAUAA